AUGGCGUCAAAUAUUUCACAAGAUAGAUCAUCACCUUCUGUUGCUUUCGUGUCUCAAAAAAGGAUAUAUUCCAAACACGGAUGUAAGGAAUGUAAAAGAAGGAAGAUUAAAUGCGACGAAGGCAAGCCAUCUUGUUGGCAAUGUAUCCGAUUAAGAAAAGAUUGUUCCUAUCCUAAACCUGGGGAGAAGGUCUUAAGAAUACUGAGAAAGAAGCAACGAGAGCAAUUGAUAAGACAAGAAGAGGCACAAAAUCACCUGUUACUUCUACAACAACAAUAUCGAUUUGAACAACCUCAUAGCAUAAUUACAACACAUGCACCAUCAAUAUCAUCUAACUCAUCGCAAGACAGUUAUCGUGACACUAGAUCACCAAAUCCAAUAGCUAACCUGGCCCCGAUGUAUCAACAACAGCAUCUCCCACAAAACCAUUACCAACCUCAAUUUCAACCGCCGCCGCCACCACCACAGCAACAACAAUACCCUUCACAUCAACCGCUAGUACAUCAGCAGCCACAGCCAGUACCACCACCACCACCAGCACAGCAGCUACUGCCGUCACAUCAACAAUAUCAAAUGGCACCUCCUUCUAUUUCCUACUAUCCCAAUCCCCCGUCAUAUAUGCAAUAUCCUGCGCAUAUAAUUCAAGCAGGGCCACACACAUUACCUCAGAAUGUUGUUCCAAAUCAUCCUAACCCUCCUCCUCCACCGCCUCCCCCUCCUAUUGUACCACAGCAGCCACCACAACCAUACCCACAAAAUAACCACUCAGUUGUUUUGCCUCCGCCUCAAGCAGCUAAAUUACCAAUAGCUCCUCUUCCGGAUCACUUAAAUAAAAGGCUCCAAAAUCCCGCAGCUGCUCCUUCUUUGAAAGCUAGAAAUAGCAGAAAUGACAGCACGAAUUCGAUCCCUAAUUUGUUGAAUGAUACAAAUGUGUUGUCUGAUAGUAAUACAAUCAGUGGUGCUGGGAAUACUCCACAAACUCCACCUCAACAGAAUUCAAAUAAUAACAUUCAUAUUGAACAUAGCCAAUUUUCUAAUGACGAUAUCGUGGAGUAUUAUAAUCAAAAUGAUUUGGAGGUAUUAGCUACCGAUUUGAAUAAUAUUGUUAGUGAAAUCAUGUUUGAUUUUAAUUUUGUUAAAGAUAAAAACCCACCUUUAGAGUCAGAAGAUGGUUCACUAAGGACAGCAACAUCAACUAAUGGGAGCCCACCUCCUUUGGAAACAGCUCCUUCAAGCCAUCAUAAUGUUCCUAUAGACUUCAUUCAUUUCAAAAAGGAAUCCGAUAGAACAUAUUUUGAAACAUUCUACAAUGAAUUUGCACAAAUUAUACUACCAUUCCCAAGUUUUGACAAACAUAACAAGUGUUAUUUCAAUCCAGCAAGAGACAUAAUUCUUAGGAGUGCUGCUAAAGUAAAAUAUUUAUUAGCAGCGGUAUUGGCAAAUGGGGCCCGACAACAGUUUAAUAAAACAAAGAGCGAAGAAGAUGAACAAGCUUAUUGCUUUUACUUGUCGAGAUGUUUAGAGUUAUUGGGACCAGCGAUAGCCAAUGAUGAUAAAGAAUUGGCAUCAAACAUUGAGAAUGUUUUAUUGACAGUAUUGUUAUUGACAGCAGGUAAUGCAUCAAAUUUGAGACAAGAUUGGCGGUCUCAUCUCAAAGGUGCAAAGGAUUUAUUAGUUAAGAAUUCACCAAAGAGUACUACCAAAAGAAAGCAUUCUAAAGUGUUUAUAUUUUGCAAAAUUUGGUUUGUCACUAUUGAAGUUUUAGCUGGUAUAAGUUCCCAAAAGGGGGGUACGUUGCAAACUGAACAAGAAAUUGACGAAUUAAUCAAUUCUGGGGAUGAAUAUGAACAACAAGUAUUGAAAGAAUUAGGAAUUAUCCUUGAUAAUGGGUUUAAUAUUAUGGGAGGUUAUCAACAUGAAUGCUAUAACUAUUUUGGGAAAUUAAUAAAAAUUUUGAAUCAAGAUAGAAAUGGGAAAUUAAAUCCUCAAGAAUCAUUUGAGUAUAUAAAACUAUUCGUUGAUCUUGAACGUCAGAGGAAUCUCCAAUUCGUUGAUAAACGAGGAAGUUGGGUUACUUCCAGCAAUAGUGAAGACAACAAUAAUGAUGCUAUAGAUGAAAAGCAUAUUAAUUCACUAUUGGUUGAAAGAGUUCCAACUACUGACAACAAGUCUCAAGUAAUAUCCUGGAUGGAUGUAUCCCAUCAAGCUUAUACUAUGGCGUUAAUGAUUACAGUUCUUGAAAAAUGUUUUCGUGAGAAUUAUUCCAAUCCUCAAAUUCAAUUACUAAGUGAUUCCAUAAUUCAAUUUGUUGACUAUUUAUAUCAUCAUGAUGUACAGAAUCUGUUGCCAAAACAUAAAAUUGAAAGUGCAUUAAUGAUGUUACAAUGGCCGCUUCUUGUUGCAGGAAGAAAUAUUGCAAGCAACGGUACUGCUGAUAAUAACGGUAACACUCCCGAAACAAUUCAACACAAGAAGGAUGUCGUUAUAAAAUUCUUUGAAGCUCUGUCUAAAGUAGGUUCUGGAGGUGCAUUGAUCGCCUCUAAAAUUAUUCAGAAAAUUUGGAAUAAAAGAGAUAAUAUCGAAGAAAGCGAUAACGAUGACAACGAGAACGAGGAUUUGUUAUCAUACUAA